AUGGCUGAAUCUUUCACCCUCCCCCUGCGCCCGCCUCCCGAGCAGAAUGAGCGCCCAGACACGCUUCCCGUCGAGAUCGCCCAGAUCAACAAUCAGUGGGGUUCUUUCCGUGAGGUGAACGAGGAAAUCCUGCUCGCCAAGAUCGCCGAGGAAGAGAAGCGACAUGGCGCGCAGCAGGACGAAGAUAUGGACGAGGGUGAGCAGGAGGUUGGAGAGAUUGAUCCGACCGAACGUCGUGAACAACUGUACAAACGACGCCAUGAGAUCACACAAUUCGCAAUGUUGGUCACGUCCACUCUGAAGGGAGCCCUUGAAAGAAGCGCAGCUAAUGAAUGUCUUAACAGCAAGUCGCACCAGGAAACCAUGCUCGCUCUUGAUUUCAUCUCCCUGCUACUCUCGAAACAUGCGCCGCGCCAGGCCGAAACCUCCAUGUCGCCUUUGCUCAAACAACUCGCGCCUCUCGGGUCCCUCGAUUCCGACCUGGUCAAUCCUCCCCCGAGACCAGAGUCGUCGAUUAAGGAUAUUUCAACUGUGUCGAGGGGCUGGCGGAUUCAAAACUUCAAUUCAGCCUCAAGUAAGCUGUUGAGUGCUGCCACCAGACUGAACGGCGAAAUCGAAUCGGAGAUUCGGUACUGGGGCGAAGUGCUAGCCAUCAAGGAUAAGGGAUGGAAAGUAUGCAGACAUCCACGAGAAAAACAAGCCCUAGCUGUGCAGUAUGGGUUCAUGGAAGCCACGCCUAUUUUCCGCGAUCGCGGCCUCGCUUCACUCCGACGGGCAAAUGAUGGAAGUUUGAUCCUAGACAAAGGACUGCUACCCACGGGAGCGCGUCAUGUUCGAGUCCGGGUGAAACAAGGAGACCAGGUCUUUGUGAGCUCCAAGCCAUCGGGAGCUGGUUCUAGUGAUGCAGACUCAAUCGAGCAACGCAUUCUUCAAGCGCGAGAUUCUGUCUUCGAGGAAGAGCUAUUCCAUGAAUUGGUCCGAGAAGCCAGAGCUAUGGCAGGUUGCAGCGUGACCACGCGUCAAAAUCUCAUUCGCAUCCCCGUUUCUGAUGAGAUGGAAAUUCUGCUUGAUCUCGUGGAUGCCGAAACACAUGAUAUUGCGCUCGGUCAGAAUGGUUUACAACAUGAUAGCCGGCUUACGGACGGGCUAGCUCAUGCGAUCCGGAUUCUGCUCUGCUUUGCUCAUCGUCAAAAUCUGCGUCGAAGAACUCAAAUCCCACGUCCCUUGACAACAACAAGACCCGCGACGCCCGAGUACCAUCUCCUACGUCCCGCCUUGGCUUACCUGCAACAUCUGUCACAUGUCAGGUGGCUGGAAUCAUUCCUUUCUGAUAUCUAUUCGACCCUGCGAUCGGCCGGCUUGGAUAUCCCUCAGUGGACCUCAAACCCUUAUGCUAACUGGAAGCCGUCAUCAACCUCCCCACCGCCAGCUGCUCUCGAAGGGCUCGUCGAAAAGUUCCUUCGGCCGAUCGAGUCUGUUUUCAGCGGCAAACUUCUCACAUCCCGGGGCUCCUUCACCGUAACCGUUCGGACGAACCUGUCAUCCUUGCCCUUUGGCACCCUCUAUGAUGUUUCUUUAGAUCUGCCGACUGUUCCCGAUCUCAGGUCUCCUGGUCGCCUGGGAUUGAAGGACGAUGUUGAGACAGCUAUUACCCAUCUUCUGCUUCUCGAUUUGGUCUCAACCAUCUCAUCCAAGACGUUGCCGGCUGUUCGGGACGGUCAGAAUGCGAAUGUCUCAAAGGAGCAAACGUGGGACGCAGUGUAUCCUCACCUGGGCGAACUGCUGCUCCCGAAUACCAACCCUGAAAAACACAAAAAGAUGAAGGUCGCCCUCUCUCGUCACGAAAUUACCCUUACCACAUACAUUGUACGCAGCAUUGACGGGAUCGGCCGUGGAACCUGCGAGCGGCGAUCACACAAUGCAGCGGCUCACCUCUGCAAAUUCCCCCAGUCGUCGGUGGGAGCUCCUAGUGGCCAAGAAUAUCCCUCGGUGAUGGACUUUGUUGUCGCAGAGGCAACGGAGGGGCAUUCGUGA